UAUUGAUAUGUAUGUUUUUAAACAUCUUUAAAUUGAGAAGAUUGAUAAGAGAAUUAAUGAAUAGUGAGUUAUUAGGGAUAGGAAUAUAAAUUAAGAAAAAUAAUAGGGUGAAAAUAUAUGAAACAAAAAUAUGAA